AUGCAGAUCUUCGUCAAGACGCUCACCGGCAAGACGAUCACCCUCGAGGUCGAGAGCAGCGACACGAUCGACAAUGUGAAAGCCAAGAUCCAGGACAAGGAGGGCAUUCCCCCGGAUCAGCAGCGGCUCAUCUUCGCGGGCAAGCAGCUCGAGGACGGCCGCACGCUCAGCGACUACAACAUCCAGAAGGAGAGCACUCUGCAUCUCGUUCUGCGCCUCCGCGGCGGCAUGCAGAUCUUUGUCAAGACGCUCACCGGCAAGACUAUUACUCUCGAGGUGGAGAGCAGCGACACCAUCGACAAUGUCAAGGCCAAGAUUCAGGACAAAGAAGGCAUCCCGCCAGACCAGCAGCGCCUGAUUUUCGCCGGCAAGCAGCUGGAGGAUGGGCGGACAUUGAGCGACUACAACAUUCAGAAAGAGUCAACUUUGCAUCUCGUGCUGCGCCUGCGCGGCGGUGGCAAGCAGCGGUGCAAGGCCGGCGCGGGCACCGAGGGACAGUGCAAGGACGCCGCGAUGAAGUUGGCGGGCGCAUGUCCGCACUGCACGCUCGUCUUCUGCGGCAAGCACCGGCUGCCCGAGACGCACGCAUGCGUCGAGCAGGAGGCCGUCAAGAACAAGGCCUUCCUCGCGCUCAAGCAGAAGCUCGAGGGCGAGCGGACGACGGGCAACCGCGGCCUCGCUCACUGA